UCCCCAUCUAAUCAAACAAGGCCAGGAAGGCUCAAGUACCUCCCUCCCAAUCCCCUUCCGGUCAGAAAUCGCCUUUCAGCACGAUUAGUGCAGUACCCAGAUUCUCUGCUGCUGCUGCUCACAGAGAACCGUCAAAAUUUCUAUCCUUGAGGAUCUUGAGGCUUUGGAGGAAGAAAGCAUGGGUGCAGGAGCAAGCGCCGAGGACAAAAAGUCCAAGGAAUUGGAAAAACAACUCCAAGAAGAUGCUGAUAAGGAGUCUAAGACGGUCAAGCUAUUAUUGCUUGGUGCUGGUGAGUCAGGGAAGAGCACCAUUGUAAAACAAAUGAAGAUUCUGCAUCAAGGAGGUUACACGAAAGAGGAGCAAAUGGAGUUUAGAGCGAUCAUCUACGGCAACAUCCUGCAGUCUGCUCUGGCUAUCAUCAGAGGCAUGGAGAUGCUUGGCAUUGAUUUUGGCGCACCCUCUGCACAGGAGGAUGCACAGAAGCUGCAGAACUUGUCAGACUCCAUUGAAGAAGGCACGAUGCCCACUGAGCUGGCUGACGUCAUCAAGAAGCUGUGGAAGGACUCUGGUGUGCAGGCCGGCUUCGAGAGAGCUGCUGAGUACCAGCUCAACGACUCGGCUGGAUACUACCUCGGAGAAAUGGACAGAAUCUGCAAGCCAGACUACCUCCCCACUGAGCAGGAUGUGCUGCGAUCUCGAGUCAAAACAACUGGUAUCAUUGAAGAACAGUUCUCCUGCAAAGAGUUGCACUUCAGGAUGUUCGACGUGGGCGGCCAGAGGUCAGAGAGAAAGAAGUGGAUCCAUUGUUUCGAAGGUGUGACCUGCAUCAUCUUCUGUGGAGCCCUCAGUGCAUACGACAUGGUGCUGGUAGAGGAUGACGAAGUGAACCGCAUGCACGAGUCCCUCCAUCUAUUCAACAGUAUCUGCAACCACAGAUUCUUUGCACUGACCUCCAUCGUGCUUUUCCUCAACAAGAAGGAUCUCUUUGAAGAGAAGAUCAAGAAAGUCCAUCUGAGUAUCUGCUUCCCAGAUUAUGAUGGCCCCAACACAUACGAUGACGCCAGCAACUACAUCAAGACGCAGUUCUUGGACCUGAACAUGAAGAAGGGUGUGAAAGAAAUCUACUCCCACCUGACCUGUGCCACGGACACAAAGAACGUCGAGAUUGUGUUCAACGCUGUGACAGACAUCAUCAUCAAAGAGAACCUUAAAGAUUGCGGUCUUUUCUAAGCAGCUCUGGAGUGAAACGAGGAGUUCCUGUCCUACCUUAACCCCUCACAUACAUUGGCAUUAACUAAGAAGCGCACUGAUGGAGCACAGAGGAUCCUCAGAUUGCUGUGUUCAUGCCAUCGCUUUCAUGCCAAGCCCUGGUCCUUGACUGCUCCUCACCAUCUCCACCUGAACAUCCCUGCAACACGCCACACGUCCAGCUGCGCUCAAACAACACUCGAGUCGCCGUAUCAACAUUGUGGACAUACAGCUUUCUGCAAGAUUCUUCAGUUUUUUUUCUAAAACUUCAGUAUUAUAUAGUCUCACACCCAAAGCUGCUGGUUUGAAGGUAUGAAGAUGAAAAUAGCUGCUCAUUCGAUCCUCAUCGCUUCCAUUCGACGACUGCGUUGUGAGUUAUAUUUACUAUUAAAAGCCAAGUUCUGUAAAAUUAAUUUUAAAAAAAUGUAAAAUUCGGGGAAAAUAUUAAUAUUUUGAAUAGCAACAUUGCAACCUUGUUUUUGUUUUUGAGUAGUCUGUGGUCUUGAUAUUUAAACUGUAAAAAGUUGCUGAGAAAAUAUCUCAGAUAUUCCCAGUGCUUGCAGUGUAUCCAGAUUACAAACCAAAUUGUACAUGUAUCUAAUCUAAAUAGUGGUAAUGUAUUCAAUUCACUUAUCAUUUUGUUGUGAGGAAUAAAUGUCAGAACAUGGAACAGGGUAGAGAAACUUUGUACAUAAGAGUAGAUAAUUCAUUAUAUUUUGAAAGAUAAAACUAUAUGGAAUUAUAUGAGAGAUGGAAACACUAGAGGGUUGAUGCUUUAUUAUGAAAAGGGAAUGAAAAUCUACUGAGUUUGUCCUUUCUUAUGAAAUGUAGAGGCAUGAAAUAAAGAUGCAUUAACUUCA